CGGCCCCGGGCGGGGCGGCCGGGCGGGGGCUGCCGCCGCCCGCCGGGGCCAUAAAGGGCCGCGGCCGGAGCCCGCCCAGCCUGUGCGCGGCUCGCGGGGCCGCCGGCAGCAUGACGGCCGUCGGGGCGCAGGCCCAGAGGCUGCUGGCGCACAGGAGACCACAGAAGGCUUUCUUCGAGGCGUUCAUCAGGAGCCUCAUCAUCCUCUGCGUGGCCAUAGCCGUGGUCUUGUCGUCCAUCUCCAUCUGCGACGGGCGCUGGCUUUUUGCGAGGGGGGAGCUCUUUGGGCUCUGGCACUUCUGCACCGUUAGCAACAGCAGCGUCCUGAAAUGCGUCACCGAUCUGAGCCUGGCUGAUGUGGAAGGGAUGAACGUGGGGAUGAUCCUCAUCAGGAGCAUGGUAGCCUUUGCUGUCGUGGUAGCCAUAUUCGGCUUGGAGCUCCUGAUGGUCUCCCAAGUCUGUGAAGAUGCCAACUCAAGGCGAAAGUGGUCGCUAGGCUCGGUUCUCAUCCUCAUCUCCUUUUUGCUGUCAUCUGCUGGAGUCCUGAGCUUCUCAGUCCUCCUGAGGGAUCACAUCACCUUCACCGGCUUCUCUCUGACGUACUGGUGCGAGUUCAUUGCUGCCUUCCUCUUCUUCCUCAACGGGAUCAGUGGACUCCACAUCAACAGCCUCACGUACCCGGGGAGCAGGCCAGGGAAAAUCUAGGUGCCAAGGGUGCUCUCUGCCUUUGCGUAAUCAGCUGUGCCAAUUAGACUGGAAGGAGAGGGAGUCUAAUGAAGUUUGAAAAGGACACAGCGUCUCGCAUUGUGUGCGGAGAGGGGAAGCGUCAGUCAGUUGGGCGGCUUGAUUUCGGAAGACAGACUCACCGAGGAGCAUGGAGGACCGCACAGCAUGAGCAAAGUGGGAACUAGCUGUUAUGGAAAUGCAGCUUUGUAGAGCAAUGGAUUAAGAGAGUUUCCCUGUUAAACGUGUAGAAGAUUGGCAAACUGCAGCCCACGCGAGCACGCACGGUUGUGAGGCUUAUGCACAGCCUGUACUGUUACGGUUUGGCAAUGCUGGGCUUUCCUCCAUCCUCCAGAACCCAUGAGCCAGUGGCUCAUGCACUCGUUCGGUAUUGGGGACAGAUUAUUUGUGCUUCCCUCUGCGCUCCUCAGCUGUUGUAGGGCAUUGCUCUUCCUGGUCUUUUUUUUGUUUUGUUUUUCGGUGUUUUUCUGCUCCCUUUCUGGGAAAGAGAGACGAGCUCUGCGUGGGUGUUGGGUGGGUGCUGUCGCCUUGGCUGCUCAGCACGCCACACCUUCUGGCGUGCGUUUGGGGCACCCAGUCUCCCACCGGGGCAGUGGGAAAUAGGCUCAUCCUGCAGCUGCAACCAGCCCGUCACAGCCUCUCCCCGUAGCAUCGCCGCUGGGAUGAGUGAACCGUGGCUCUUCCUGACCACGCCAAGCUGUUUUCUUCACAGGGCUAACAAGGGCAGGGGGAGGGAGCAGCCCAGCGUUUCCCGAGGGGGAGCUGAUGGGGGCAGCUCCGGGAGCUGAGCUCUGCCCCAUGCUGAGAUCUCUACAGUUGUGGUGGUUUUAAAAUCCCUCGUUGGUGUCUGACAUAAAAGGAGAGGCGACUGCAGAGGCUGGCUGCUCCGAACCCGUUCUCCCUGUUCAGUGUCCAGCACCCCGUGGGCAGCAGAUAAAAAUGUCUUCAGGGUAUCCCAGAGCCUCUCUGAUUUAAUGGCUGUUUUGUAUCUGCUGGUGAGACCUCUUGUUUAGCUUUAACACAAAUGUUUAUAUGUGCCUUAUCCGCUGUAGUUCUUGAUAGUUGUUAGCAAGGUAUUUGUUUCCUGUGCAGCAAUUUUGAUGCAGUUUUUUUACCUGACACAAAAGCAUCGUCGGAGAAGGGCCGAGAGGGCUGCGCAGGUGAGCCGCAAGCAAGGAGCGCUGCUUGGGGAGCCGUGUGAAAGCCCGGAGUCACAAGCCCUGCCUGAGCCUACGUGUGCGCUUGCCGAAUGCUCCCCUGUGGGCUCGCUCCCUAUGUGAGGACAGCCUCCUUUCCAUAACUUUUUUACAAUAAUGUUUCUAAGCAUCUUCUGAGAUCAAGUUUCAUGCCAGGUCUAGACACGAGGCUUGCUCGGGUCAGUGCCGCUUGGGCUUUUGUGCACCAGUCGGUGUCUCUUCCGGAUAAGAUAGUGCACUGAGCUGUGUUAUCCAGCACAGCUCCCAAAUCCCUUGGGAUGUUUGGGGAUCUGUUGGAGCUUCCUGACCUUCUCCCAAGGAUGUCUGCUUCUGGGAUUGUGCCCUUAACCUGCCUUUGGAAAACUGCACUGUGAUCACAUCCCUUUUUAAAGGUGCUUUUGAUUUGCUGAAUUGCACUGUUCAAAGCAUGCCAGUGGGCUGACCUUGCAGACACCGAUAUGGGUAGUGCUGUUGCUUUUAGUGGAACCGCUUACCUCACUGAGAGUCUGCAAGGUCCAGUCCCAGAUUGCUGCACUUUGAUGUUAGCAGUUGGAGGAGUGCCUUAAAUGACCAAUGAACCUGUUCUGGUGCCUAGGGGUGCCCAUGCUGCACCCCGACAUGAGACAAGGGCCUGGGUGUCCUUGGCUUGUCUAGAAACCUGGAAUGUAACUUCACUGGGUGCCUUCUUGGUGGCAGCCACAAUCCUGUGUGCACUCCUUUUAGUCCCCAUGGGGUAUGGUGUCUUUAGCCCGCAGGUCCUGGCCUUGGGGGAAGGCAGGGAGAAACCAGACUGUGUCCCUGUCUGAUGCCUCCUGCCCCACGCAGGGGGGAGAAGGGGGACAAUUGGCCAUUGAGUUCAUGUAGGACUCGUCAGGGUUGUUAAUGACUUGAGGAUGCCCUCUACUAGCUGAAGAAGAGGCCUUUUGUUGGGGUAGGGAAUGAAUCCUCUAGCGAAAAUACAGUUUAAAAAAAUUUUUUUUUCUCUCGUCUAGCUUUGUAUAAUACUCCUUGACUUACUAUUUCUGAGUGAAGAGGCAUUUUGGUGGCUAAAUACUACAAACCAGGACUGAUUGUCUUGGGGACAUCCUUACAACAACCUGUGUAGCAGCAACUGGUAACUGUUCACUUUCUGAAGCCUGCUGAAGUGUCAAGCAAGGUUCCUGAAGUUUGUUAAAUAAAUUUCUUUGAAAAUAAGAGAA